GUACCAGCUCAGAGGAAAUAGUGCCAAGCCCCCCUUCGCCACCCCCUCCCCCACGGGUCUACAAGCCCUGCUUUGUGUGCCAGGACAAGUCCUCAGGGUACCACUACGGUGUCAGCGCCUGCGAGGGCUGCAAGGGCUUUUUCCGGAGGAGCAUCCAGAAGAACAUGGUGUACACCUGCCACCGGGAGAAGAACUGCAUCAUCAACAAGGUCACACGCAACCGCUGCCAGUACUGCCGGCUGCAGAAGUGCCUGGAAGUGGGGAUGUCCAAGGAGUCUCCUCGCUCCAGCUCCAAAGGCGGGAUGGCGUCGGGCGCCCAGCCGCCGCCCCCACCCUUGGAGACCGGGCUGGGACAGACUGGGGCGGACAGGGCUCCCCCGGCGGUGAGAAACGACCGAAACAAGAAGAAGAAGGAUGAGAAGAAGCAGGAAUGCACGGAGAGCUACGUUCUGACCCCCGACACGGAGCAAAUGAUCGAGAGGGUCCGCAAGGCCCACCAGGAGACCUUCCCCUCCCUCUGUCAGCUGGGAAAAUACACUACGAGUAACAGUUCGGAGCGCCGCGUAUCUCUGGAUGUGGACCUGUGGGACAAGUUCAGCGAGUUGUCCACCAAGUGCAUCAUCAAGACGGUGGAGUUUGCCAAACAGCUGCCUGGCUUCACCACCCUCACUAUCGCUGACCAGAUCACCCUCCUCAAAGCUGCCUGUCUGGACAUACUGAUUCUCCGGAUCUGCACGCGCUACACGCCAGAGCAGGACACUAUGACGUUCUCGGACGGCUUGACGUUGAACCGUACCCAGAUGCACAACGCUGGCUUCGGCCCGCUUACCGACCUGGUAUUCUCCUUCGCCAACCAGCUCCUACCCUUGGAGAUGGAUGAUGCAGAGACGGGGCUUCUCAGCGCCAUCUGCCUGCUCUGUGGAGACCGGCAAGACCUGGAGCAAGCAGACAAGGUGGACGUCCUCCAGGAGCCGCUGCUGGAGGCCCUGAAGAUCUACGUGAGGAAGAGGAGGCCACACAAACCACACAUGUUCCCCAAGAUGCUGAUGAAGAUCACCGACCUCAGAAGCAUCAGCGCCAAAGGGGCCGAGCGUGUCAUCACCCUGAAGAUGGAGAUCCCAGGCUCCAUGCCGCCUCUCAUCCAGGAGAUGUUGGAGAACUCUGAGGGUCUGGACAGCGGGGCCACAGGCUCCCGGAGCAGCGGGGCCCCACCAGGCAGCUGCAGUCCCAGCCUGUCUCCCAGCUCAGCCCAAAGCAGUCCCGCUACACAAUCACCGUAGCAGCCCCAUCCAUCCAUCCCUCUCGCCCCACACUGUCUAUCCUCAUCCCCCCCCUCCUGCAGCCGGGGGAGGGGCUAGACACCGGCCGUGCGUUGGGACUCGCGGGUCCCCUUCGGCUUUCGACACACUCUCAUCCUUUAGCUCCACUCCCCCGUUCAAGACACUGUGUGGACACGAUGAGAGGUGUCAGGAGGGGGGGGGUUCUCUAAGAGAAGAUACUGUAAAAACACUGCUGAUAUCUCCUCCGUCCCCCUGGUCCUCCAUCUCCUCUCCCUUCUUUCUCGCCACUUUUUUCUGAAAGACUGAUGGAUGCAAUAGGAGGGGCCCCUGUGAGAGCUGUGGAGACUGGUUCUAUAGACGCUGGCGAGACGGGGACAGACUUAACACCUGACACUUUUUUUCGUUGUUCUCAGAAGGUGGCGGACUGCAGAUAUGGACUUGCCAAAACCGCACCUAAAGACUGGGUCUUUAUCAUUUUUCCAACUUCGAAAAACAGAUUUCGUACAAAAGAUAUAUAAAUAUAUAGAGAAAAGUUAGGAAUUAUUGUGUUUGACUUGUCCAUGAUGGAAUGACAGGUUGGGGAAAAAAAGGUUUUUCUGAAAUUUGAAACUGUAUUCCUCCACUGUUUUCAUCUUUUCUUAACCAUCAAGAGUAUCAAGAGAGGUUACAUCGGGGUUUUUUUUUGCAGACUGAUGAUGAUCUCAUCAACAAAAGUAAAGAAGCUAAAAGUUCUAUUUAAUUCAAACAAACACACGUGCACAGAAAAAAAAGAUGCGAUAAAUAUCACAUACUAUUCCAGGUUGGGUUUGUUUUCCUCUCUUUUUUCUUUCUUUUUCUUUCUUUUUGCUGCAAAGAGAAUGAAAAAAAUGAUUGUAUGAACUUGGUUGUAUGAUAUGGUCACAGGUCCUUCAAGAAAUCAAAUGAAUGAAGAUUCUUUAUUAAGAUGUAUUUUAAGUAGCCUUUGAGUUUGUGUAUAUAAGCUGUAUUCAUUUCUUUAAACUAUGAAGAGUUUAGCCUUCACUUGAUUUUUAAAACAAAUACCUUCUCUGUGUUUUGUUUAUAGGUUUUGUGUUUCAAGAAAAAAUACAUUCUGAGCACAUUUUACUGAAGGAAACAUACAUAUUUGGUGUGCUCCUUGAUUUUGGACAGGCCCGUGGAAUCCCCCAAGUUGUUCAAGGCUUAUACAGAUGAUUUUACUUUGUUCCCUCACUUUUCAACAGAUAUUUCAUACCAUGACACAAUAGCAUUAAAAUAUGGGACCUAGCUAUUUGACCAUGUUACAGAGAAAGAUGUUUGUUUUUUUGGGUCUGGCAAAAGUGAUUGAUACAACAUGUUACUCACAAGGCAUUGACUAUAGGCACAGUAUGAUUACAUAGAGCAAUCUUAGCAAUGGUAUACACUGUACUUACAGGAGUCUAAGAGAAACGACAAAUGUAUGGAAUGGAUGAAAGCCUCUGUUUUUGGUCAUAUAUGUAAAGCCCCCUUAAGUUUAUGUUGACUAGGACUUCUUAUCUCCCUAAUAAUUUAUUGUAACAAUCUGUGACCUUUGGUUGCAUCCAGAGCAAUGACAUGUCAUUAAUAUUUGCCAGUUAUCAAUAGCACCACAAAGGCUGGCUUUCAGACACACACACACACACUCACACACACACAUCUCAUUGAAAAGAUCAUUACUGUACCACAAAUGCACCAAUGUCUCAGGAAGGAAUCAUUCUGUGUGCUUUGCCUCGUUCUCUAGUGCUGUGCCCCAGCUCCAGUUACUUAAACACACACACACACACACCCCUGCUACUGAGCCCCUGGUGUCCUCAUCAAUCACUUAUGUUAGUCCUGUUAGAAGGAGGACUUGGCAGAGAAACUGGUCUUGACCAGCAAGUGUUUCUGAAGAGAAUGUCACUAUGGAGUCUCUCUGAAGUGUAGAUGUGUUGUUGUUUUUUUCUUUAUUUGUACGGUCAAAGCUGCUUUCAUCAAUCAAGACUCAACCUGUCCAGAACAGCGCACAAGUUUUCCCUCCACGGCGAAUCUGGAAUAGGAACAGACACACCCUCGGUUUGAGAAUUAUGGAAUAUGUUGCAAUUUUGUCAAGAUUAUCAGGCGACUUAAAACAAAAUAAAACCAACAUUUAAUAAUUA